AUGAGACAAUCAGAGUAUAAAAAGAGAUUUGACCCUGAAUUGGGUAGUUUUACAAAACAACAUAUUUAUGGCGAAGGAAUAACAGAUGUUUUUAAAUCGUUUGGAUCAAAAUUAUUUGGAAAAACAGUAAAAAAAGCUGCUAAAAAAGGCGUUGAAAAAGCAGUAACAGCAGCCGCAACAAAAACCGGUGAACAUGUUGGCAAAAAGGCCGGUGAUAAAAUAGUGCAAAUGUUAUCAAAGGGGGAAGCCCCCAAAACCCCCCUGCUGGAGGGAGUGCCUCCCCCCAAAACCCCCCUGCUAAACCCCCCUGCUAAAAAAAUAUCUCAAAAAGAGAUAGAUCAAAUGUUGAAUAACCUUCUUAGUGGGGGUUCAACACGUAAGAGAAAAUUAUAUAAUUAUUAAAAUAAAAUGAAGUCUUUUAGAAAUCCAAAAUAUUUAGACAGAUAUGAAGACGUUGUUUACGACCUGGAACAGACUUUAGAUGCGGCUCCAGCAAAUGCCGCUCACCAAACUAAAACAGGUCUUAGAUUUGUAGCUGAUAACACAGGAGAAUCCACUCCUUUUGAUUGGUAUAACGCACGAUUAUCAAUGGAUUUUAAAGUAAAUAAGCUGGCAGAUGGAGGAAAUAUAGCAGUUGCUGACCAUAAUGGAAUUGUAAAUGGUAGUAACUCGUUUAUAGAGAAAUUAAGUAUCCUAGCAAAUGGACGAGAAGUUUAUAGUUGUAAUUAUGCGAAUCAUGUUGUAAAUAUUAAAAAUUUACUUGAGUAUAAUCCUUCAUAUGCACAGAGUGUUGCUACAAACGAAUUUUAUUUUCUUGAUACUUCAAGAGCGGCAGAGGAAAGACCUGCUCAAGGAACUUAUAAUAAAGGUUUUCAUAGUAGGAAAUUACUAUUAGGUGUAUCAGCUACAGUAAACUGUGAAAUUCCUCUUAAUAGAUAUUCUUUCUUUGAAGCAUUGGAAGAUAAACUACUUCCUAAUACAAAAAUCGAACUAAAUAUCGAGAUUGAAAAAGAUGCGAAUUUAAUUUUUAAAGCUGCUGAUGAUUGUAGAGUUAUUAUAACAAGACUACAACUUUUUAUUCCAAAACUUACGUUUAAUUCAGAAGGACAAAAGUUGUACAUGGAAAAUUAUCUUAAACCUUACAAAUGGACAUAUUUGAAUGAAGUAGUUGAAAGGUCAAAUAAUACACAGCAACAGACAGGUCAUUUUAGAAUUACAAAUGCUAUUUCAAAACCACGCCAUGUAUUUAUUUUUGGAAUUGAUACGGCAAGAAUUGAUUCUCAAACGGCGAAUCCAUUUUUAUACGACACUUUUGAUCUGCCAAAUAAUGCUAAUAUAUCAAGAUGUUACCUGGAAGUUGCAAAUGGAAACGAAUACCCCGAUAUUCACUUUAAACCUUCUACAGAUAUGUCAAGAGUUUUUAGAAAUGUAAUGUCAUACGUCUAUGCAAAUAAUGAUUAUCAAGGUGGAACAUUACUUAAUCGAGGUAAUUUCAAAACUUUAUUUCCUUUUGUGUAUUUUGAUUUGACUAAACAGAAAAUGGAUAUAAAAGAUGGAGUCACAAAACUAGCAUUUCAUUACGAAUUAACAGCUAAUCCAAACGCUGAUUAUAAUAUUUACGCGCUAGUCUUACAUGAAAGAGUAGCAGAAAUAUCACAACAAGAUGGAAAACUAUUGCUUAGAGCGUAGGGGAACCUACGGAUGGGGGGGUUGCAUCCCCCCAAAACCCCCCUGCUGCUACGUGUUUACAAAGUUCAAAACUUUCACAAACUUUUUCGCUUCACGAUAACUUGUCACAAACUUUUUCGCUUCACGAUAUACGCGGCGACUAAAAUGUUGUGAAUGGGGGAUUGCAUCCCCCCAAAACCCCCCUGCUUCUAAAAAAAUACUAUGAUGUAAUGGGGGGAUUGCAUCCCCCCAAAACCCCCCUGCUUCUAGAAGGUUCUAAUGACAAAGCAAUUUUUACAAUUAGAUUUUGAAGAUAAAAUCUAAUUAUAUCAAACGGGGAAACCCCCUUUCCUUGUCUACACCACGUAAAAUAAGAAUUUUAAUAUAAACAUUAAAAUAAAAUGUCUAAUUAUAUGGAAUACGGAGUAAAGCUUACAGAUGGCCAAAAGACAAAACUGGCUUCCGCAAUAAUAAAUCAGUCACCUUUGACUCUUCGAUUAAAACAUUCGCAUCUUAGAGGAAAUGAUGAGUUAAUGUUGACAAAAAGACAGAUUGCCAAAAUAAAUAAAUCUAUUGCAAAUGGCACAGGAUCAGAUAUAAAAAUAAGUAAAACUCAAAUUAGAAAAUCUGUAAAACACGGAGGAAACUUAUUUUCAUCACUUGCAUCUCUUGGAGCAAAAGUUCUUCCUUUCGCAAUAAAAGGAAUUUCAAAAGCUGUUCCCGCAUUAGCUACAGGAGCUGCCACUGCACUUGGUGAAAUAGGAUUAAAUAAAAUCUUCGGAAAGGGGGGACACUACGGUAUACCAAUUACACCAGAGUUUUUCCCAAUGCUACCGCCAAUUGUAAGAGAAUUUACCAAAUCACAAAUAAAUCAAAUUAACAAAGCUUAUCAAUCAGGUAGUGGAGUAGUUAUAAAACCAACUCGUAAACAGAUAGAAGGAGGAUUUUUAGGUACACUUGCUUCUAUAGGAAUUCCAUUAGCAGUUAGUUUAGUAUCUAAGAUGCUUGGAGGAGGACUUCAGGUUGAUAGACGUGGGUCAUCUAAUACAGCAAAUGUUUACGUUCCACCCACAGAUGGGGGAGGUUAUCCAUAUCGCUCACCACCGUUUAUUGGAACAUGGUCCAACCCUAUAGGAAUGGGAUUUAAAAAAAAAAAGACCAAAGGCAAGGGUUUACUUCUAGGAAAAAACAGCCCAUUCAACUCAAUUCCCAUACUAGGCACCAUUUUGUAAUUAAACCUCUAUCCAACUUUGACCUAAUGGAAUGGAUAAAAAAACUUGGUAUAAAACAUUUCAGAGGAAUAUAUAGUCGUGACGGGCUACCUCAUAAAAUAAAAAAAGAAUGCGGAAUAAUUAAUCUAGAUGAUAUACAAGGUCCUGGAACACAUUGGGUUUGUUAUAGAAAUAUAGACAAUGUAGUUGAGUACUUUGAUCCAUUUGGUUUAAUAAUGCCAAAUGAAGCACUAACAUAUUUUAAUACUUCUGGAAAACGCAUUAUUUACUCAAUGGAUGAAAUACAAAAUCGCAAUACUGUUCUCUGUGGUUAUUGGUGUUUAUAUUAUUUAUUUGAGAGACAGCGGGGUAAUAGUAUUUUAAAUGUAAUACAUAACCCACAUUUUGAUGAUGAUAACAGCGAUUUUAUACAAGAAUAUUUUGGAGGAUAAAAUGGGGGGAGAAUAAAAAUAAUAUUUAACAAAUAUUAUUUUUUUAUUCACUAUCAGCUGGUGUAUUCUUUAGCCGUUUAACUUUCUCAACUUUUGUAUUUAUAUCUUUAACACUAUCAACUAUAUCUAUGAAAUUAGAGUAAAUAUCAAUAAGACGAUAAAGUUUCUUCUUUUUAUCAUUAUUUAGCUGCAAUCAAGAAUAUUCCUCGUUUCUUAUUUUUUUCCACAUCUCACAUUCAGAAGCCAUCAGCACUCUAGAAAGAUCUUCGUUUUUCUUUCUAAGAGACUCCAACUCAUUAUAUAUUUUUGUCCUUACUUCUUUCUCGAAAUCCUUGAUUGUUUUAACAUCCAUAUUUUUUUCAAUCUCAGAAAAGAAUUUAGCUUCCAUUUAUUAUAUAAAUAGAUAAUGGGGGGACCUUGUCCCCCCAAAACCCCCCUGCUGCUACGCCGCGUGAGUUUACAGCUCUCUAUAAAAACGUAUUAUUUCUUACUACAUUUUUAAGCAUAUUUGAUUUCUCACUUAUUUCCAUAAGCAACUCAAAUACUUUUAUAAAUCUGGUAUCGUUUUCCAAUCUAGAAAAAUCAGCGUAUUCAUAACUCAUGUUUAGGCUAUUGUAUAUCUUUUGAAGCUCACUUUUGAGAAAAUUCGAUCUGGUAGUCAUACUUCGUAGAUGUAUUUUUUAUCUAAACGUUAUAUAAAAUGAAAGAAACUUAUUGUAUCGUAGAUAAAAGAGUAACUCCUUGUACAGAGCCAAGUGGUUACCAACAAGAUAAAAGAGGUAGAACUCAAUUCUUUUGUAGAUGCGCAGUUUGUGGAAAUAAAAAAGUAAGAUAUAUUAAAAUGGGGGGAGUGCCUCCCCCCAUAACCCCCCUGCAAACUGGAAGUGGAAAAAGAAAAACUAAAAAGAAGUCAAAAAACUAAUUAGCCCGUCUGAAGGGGCGGGCGUCUUUGAUACAGUUGUUGGUACAGCAGUUGAUGGAUUUGUACAUUACGGGCUUCCUUGGAUGGGUAAAAAAGCAGUUGAAAUGGGGCGAUAUGGAGCAAGUGAGUUAAUGAGAAACAAAAAUCUUCAGAAGAAAGCUGUAAAUUAUGGAAUUAAUAAACUCACUCCAUUUAUUCAAGAUUCUGUUGGAACAGCCAUGGAUGAACUAUCAACAAAAGUGAGGCCAAAUAAAAAGUAUAAAACUGACAGACCAGAAUUAGAUGGAAAAGGAAUUGAUGUUCACAAGCAGAUUGGUAAAUUACCAAAACCAAAAGGUGGAUGGACAUUGCCAGGACAUAAAUAUACAGGUCCUUAUAAUGAUCUUGAGAACCAAUUAAGAUACAAUCCGGAAACCGGUGAAAUAUUAGAAAUUUAUGAUCAACCAACUGGGCCAACCGAUGCUGUUGCCAUGCAGCAUGAUGUUGAUUAUAGUGUUUGUGGUGAUGACCGAAAGUGUAAAAAUAAAGCUGACAAAAAGAUG